CCUAAAGUACGUUUUUUUUGUUGCUGAACAUGCGCAGAACAAACAGGAACUUACAAACGAAGACAGGAAAACAAGGGAGUGUCAUGUGACAGUCACGUGAGCGCUACUCCUCACCAUUUCUGAAGGCUGAUGUGCAAGUUGGAGAAAGUCUCAAGAAAAGGGGACACUCCGACACUGAAUCCUCUGCUGGCGAGGAAUUGCGUUUUUCUCCUGAACCAAUGGAGUCAACACAGGAGGGUACACAUUCAAUAGAAAAUCUGCGAAGUAGACGUCAUAACGACGAUGAUGACCCAAACAGUCAAAUUGAAAAUCCAUCACCUGUUCAAAAAAGAACUUCCAGGCGUGGUGGUCGCGGACAACGUGGUCGUGGCAGUCGUCGUGGACGUGUAGGCCGUGGUAGACAGCAAGAAUUGGACGAGGAAGAUAGGCAAUUUCUCCCAAUCAUAAACUGUGAGCUGCUAAUACAGCUAGUAGAAGCAAGGCCAGCUUUAUGGGACCAAACAGACCCCAAGCACUCGGACCACAACACGACUCGUCGACAAUGGCAAGAGGUCUAUGCCAAUUUGGUUCCCACAUGGAACGAUUUGAGCCGUCAGGCUAAAAAAAAUUGUGGUACAUUAAUUUCAUUCCUUUUGUUAAAUCAUUUGGUUUUAGAAGAUUUGAUAGUGAUGUUUCUAGUUGGAAGAAUAGUGAAGUGAGCAUAAGUUUUCUGUUUGGAAAACUUUGUUUCAACAACUGAUGCAGCCAAUUCAGGUACCGGGCAAAAUAACAGUUAACUACAAUGCAGAAUUUUGGACUGCCUGGGGCAACAGUUUUUUAUGCAAUCCGAUGUCAACAGAAAAGAAUAUAUAUAGCAUUAUAUACGGUUAUUAAAAUUGUUCUUUAUUUUCUAGCUGAAAUCAUAUCAACACGCUGGAGGUCAAUACGCGAUAGGUUUAUGCGUGACCUCAAUCAUGAACGAACGGCGCCAAGUGGUUCGGGUACUUCUCGGAGGAAACCUUACCAAUAUGCACCACAUCUUCAAUUUCUUCAACAUUGUUUUCAGCAGCGCAUGCGAGUUAAAUUUCCUAAAGAGAAGCCAAAAAAAAAUUAUAGAAAUUAUACCUUUUAUUUCCCUAUCUAUUUUAGGACUCAUUCAAGCACACUCCCUCCUGAAGCAGAACCUGUUGAACAUGAGGACUCAACCGAACAAUUGUCUGGACGAUCUACCGAUCAAACUUCAUUACCAUCUCAGUCACAGGAUUCUACUCUGGAGUCGCGCGGCCGGCAAACUGAGUCAUGUUCUCAGAUUGAAGAUACUAGACAGUUCAUUUCUUCUGCCUUUGACAGAGUUUUAAGUAGGCCGAGGCCACUUCGAAGACCACAUAGAGUCUUUGAGGAUCUUGCACUGAUCUUCCGAGAUUGUUUAUUAAAAAUAGAGGAGGAGCAAACUCGGUAUAAGCAAGAGUUAACUUCCAUGAUCAAUCAUGUCGAGGUAGUUUGUCGUCCAGAACCCCUUAACCAUAAUCAGCAGUUUCUCUUAACGUUAAGUCAUUGGAUGGACAACAUGACUCCAGAGCAGAAUUGUGAUUGUCGAGUGACAUUGAUCAAAACUGUUUGGAAUAUUAAACACGCACCAUCCUCUAAUUUUGUUCCUCUGUCUCAGUCGUAUCCACCAGCCACCUCCUACCCAACAUCCAUGACUUCUCCACCUGCUCACUCAUACUCUGAGCCACAUAUCGCUCCCCAGUCACAAAACUUUCAACAGUCACAAAACUUUCAACAGUCACAAAACUUUCAACAGUCACAAAACUUUCAACAGUCACAAAACUUUCAACAGUCACAAAACUUUACCUACGUACCACAACUUCCCACAGGCCCAAAACGUAGGCACUGCACAAAACUUUCCAGCUUUACAGAACUUUCCAUCAACAUCCCACAUCUUUAUUCCAUCCCAAAGCCAUCCACCGUCCCAAAGACAACCUACGUCCCACCAAUAUCCAACGGCUCACACAUUUCCACCUUCUCAAAGCCAUAGCACAUCCGUCAGAUAUCAACCUGCAUCAACCUUUCAAGAGACUUUAAGCCAAUCUCAAUCACAGCUACCUUCCUAUGUCUCUGCACAAACACCUUUCCAAUCCAACAACACUGGAAGUUCCCAAACACGUCUACAGACACCAAGUCCAGAUGUCAUUUCUAUGUCAACUCCAAAUAAAAUCUCCAUAAACUAAGGUGUUUCCACCUCUGUUUUUCCCACUCCAACCACUUUUACUACCCCUUUCUCAAACAAAUCUGUUCCAUACCAAUCUGAUACUGAUUCAUAUUCCCUUCAUACCCCACAACAUCAACAACAGGGUGAAUAUGUCAGACCACAACAUUCGUUCAUGCAAUCACUUCUAGACCAAAGUGCAGAAGAUGCUGGGUCCCCAACUGCAGCCCCAGGAAAGGCUCCAUUCACUCAACCACCGCCCUAGUUAACAAAAUAUAUAUUAUGUUUUAAAGUUUAUAAAUGAGUACCUCACAAGGUUUAUAUUGACCACUGUGUCAAUUUGUUGAAGUUUAUAAAUAAGUACCUCACAAGGUUUAUAUUGACCACUGUGUCAAUUUUUGGAAGUUUAUAAAUAAGUACCUCACAAGGUUUAUAUUGACCGCUGUGUCAAUUUUUGCACUUUAAUGAUGUUGAACUUGAAAGAUUUUAUAUGUUUUAUACUUUUAUAUUAUUAGAUUAAUAAGGAUGUUUCAGAUAUGUGUGUAAUUAUUGUGCACUUAUCAGCUUUCAGAAGCCGAUACAAGCUGCUAAAUAUAGGCAGGUGGUUUGAUUUCCUCGUUCGGACGUUUAGAUUUUCAAGAACUAACAUGAUAAUUAUAGCAGAUUGGACCCUAAAAAGAGUAAUUGGCCUUAUUAUUCAUGAUUUCUUUAUCUCCUGCCCAAGGUGCUGAUGACUUACAGUUUUCCAACUAGUCUUUUUUCCUUAUAUUAAGGAGAAAAAUGCCAUUCAUCAGCACAUGGGUCAGAGACACAGAGAUUAGCUACCAUGACUAGACUCAGAUUGGUUCAACUCUUUUACGGUAAUGGACUGCAAUGAUUAUGAUGAUAGUUCUUGUUUACCACUUGCGAGUGAGUGACACAGUACACAAAUCUAUAUACUGUCACUUAUUCACCACCUUGCGUGGUCUGCACAAAGCUGAUGACUUUUUCAGUCUCCCACCUGUUGUUGUUCCAUUGCUAUUGUCUCGCUAUCGUGAUCCUCCAUUGUACACUUGCUUGAAAACAAUGCAAAUACAAUAAUAGAAAUGGCAUAUGUCAUUACUAUUUUCUUUGAUAUAAUGUCUCAUGCACAAGACUGAACACACUCAGAGACAUGGUGUUUGUAAAAAAAAAAUUGUACCUGCUGAUGUAAUUUAAAGGGGUACUGGAGGACACACCAUCAGUGAUUACACUGAUUCUUUGCAUGUUGUGCCACCCACAUGGCUGUAGUCUAGCACUUUUUUACAUCAUAUUGAUGAUGCACAGUAGCCCUGUGUUUGGUGCAUAGCAGCAUUGAAAUAACUGAUAAUGUGCACUUCCAUUUGCAUGAUUCAUGUCACCAUAUAACUUCUUGCCCGCUCAAGGAAGACAUGUCUCGCGGUGCAUACUGUAGUGUGAUUAUUCUGAACUUGGUAUGAUGAUGCUAUCACAUAGCAUGUGCAAUCAUGAGAAUGAUGUACACUUCAGUCACAGAUAGAACAACUUUUUCACAAUGGACAUUUUGUUAUUCCUACA